AAAAGAAAGAUGUGGUGGUGACGGGGACCUUAGAGCUUUGGAAUGUCCAGAGUAAGAAAGCAAAGCAGAGCCUGCACUGCAAUAAGAUUUGGCUCUGGGCUUAGGGCUCUCUGGAGCCUUCCUGUCUCUGGCAAGGGACUCUGAGACUCGGGAGUGUCUACACUGGCAGUGGCUCCGGGUGUUUGGGGGUGGGGUCCUUGUCUCCUCCACACUACCCAACUGCUGAGAAGAAGGGCGUGGGUCUCAGGGCUGGCGGGGUCCCGGACCGUGGUGCCUUAGGGGUUCAGGCUCUCGGCCGGCCCCGGCAGUGGCGGUUGCCAUGGUGACGUAGGGUCGGCUGUGCGCCGUAGAGACAAAGCGGCCCGCCCGCCCGCGGCUCCCGAGCUCCUCCUCCGCCGCGCCUCCCUCAAUCCCUGGCGCCGCCGCCGGAGUGGCUCUCGAUCCUCCCAUCGAUCCUCCAGUCCGUCCUCCCACGGCCCCCGCCGCUGGUCAGAUAUGUGUCCAAAUUUGACCCAAGAAGAAACCAAAAAUUUGAAUUGGAUCGUCGCCAUAUUACAGAUCCUUCAGCUGCCCUUUUAAAAAAAACAAACCUGUCAGAGACGGCACCAAGCAGGAGCUGAAAAUGUUCAAAAGACUUCUGGAUUCUUUCCCGUCUUUUCCAGCCCUCCCAGUCUCCUUGCCUGACUCAGAUGAUGUGAUGUUCAGAGGGAUCCUUUAAUCCAAGUCACUGCUUAGCCAGGCGCACCUACAAAGGAUUGCAUCUCUAACUCAAGAUGGCCAGCCAGCCGCUGGAAGAGCCUGCGGAGUCUCAGGCCUCGGAUGAGCUCGAGUGUAAGAUCUGUUACAAUCGGUACAACCUGAAGCAGAGGAAGCCCAAGGUUCUGGAGUGUUGUCACAGGGUCUGCGCCAAAUGCCUCUACAAGAUCAUAGACUUUGGGGACUCUCCCCAGGGGGUCAUCGUCUGUCCCUUCUGCAGGUUUGAGACCUGUCUGCCGGAUGACGAAGUCAGCAGCCUGCCCGAUGACAACAACAUCCUUGUAAACUUGACCUGUGGGGGCAAAGGGAAGAAAUGCCUGCCUGAGAACCCCACUGAGCUGUUGCUCACUCCCAAGAGGCUGGCUUCCCUUGUCAGCCCUUCCCACACGUCCUCUAAUUGCUUGGUUAUCACCAUCAUGGAGGUGCAGAGAGAGAGCUCUCCAUCACUCAGCUCCACCCCCGUGGUAGAAUUCUACAGGCCAGCCAGUUUCGACUCUGUCACCACCGUGUCCCAUAACUGGACGGUGUGGAACUGCACCUCCUUGCUCUUUCAGACGUCCAUCCGGGUGUUAGUGUGGCUGCUAGGUUUGCUGUACUUCAGCUCCUUGCCCUUAGGGAUCUACUUACUGGUGUCUAAGAAAGUCACCCUGGGGGUGGUCUUCGUUAGCCUUGUCCCCUCUAGCCUUGUCAUCCUGAUGGUGUAUGGUUUUUGCCAAUGCGUUUGUCAUGAAUUUCUAGACUGUAUGGCACUUCCUUCUUAAUCAAUAUGCAACAUAGGAAACUCAGCGCAUAUGGCUACGUUCAAAUGAUGUAUGUAUGAUUCUGCUUUCUUUUGUAUUCCCUACGACUAGUGUCUACAGCUUCAACAAAGCCCUUGGCCAUACGUCUGUGGUCCGUUUUCCUAUCCAGAUUUUUGGCUUGAUGGGUUUUCCUGGAUUCUGAAAAUUAAAAAUAGAAAAAAAUAAAAAUAAAAAAAGAGAAAAGUUUACUUCUAUCUAGGGGCUAGCCAAGAGGCAAAGCUAUAGCCAAGAGGCAAAGGCAUAGCUUUCCUGGAGCCCCGAUAGCUGUGAGAUAGCCCAGAACAAAGGCAUAGAUAGGCCCAGGGAGUGCUUUCAGACAGGUACCAGAUAAGGUGUGUUAAGCUGUGGCAGGUUCUUCAUGCCUAGGUGGGGAUGCAUGGAGUCCUUUUUGAAGUUAGGUGUAUCCCAUGAUGGUGGAUAGAUGUCAGAGGCAAGCUACUCUAAAACAUGUGGGAGCGUCCCUCAUUUUCCUGGCGCUGUAGCCCCUCAUCAUCUUCAGGUGCUUUCUCUCGUGAGGUAACGCUUCUCUGAAGUCCGCUGCCUCUUCUCAGAUUCCUUUUGCUUCUGUGCAGUCCCCGACACCCUCCACCCCCCCCCCCCGACCCCAGGGUCCCCCAAUCUCAUCUUCCUGAGUUGUUCCUUCAGGCUUCCUGUUUUAGCAGGGUGGCCGCAGAAGACAGACAUAGCUGAGAAGUUUGCACAGAGUUAGACUUCAUGCCAGGACAUGGCUAUUUAUCUUCCACCCAGGCCUUUUCCCCCCACAUGUGUUUUUCUCCCAGGCUUCUCUGGAAAGAUCUGAGCCAUUUUUGCAUGUGGGCAUAUUCACUGGAAUAAUUCCUUAAAGUGUGAAAAUGCUUCAUUUGGUUAAAAUGUUUUGUUUGAUUUCUAACCCCUUAUCCUGAACAAAGUUCCAUUUAAAUGUGUUGCUAUCAGCGUAUGAAGGUUUCUUCUCACCCUUGUCUUAGAAGUUUGGGCAGGGCUGACUUUGCUGAGUCCUGCACUGCUGUGGGGAACCUGUAAUAGGAAGACCCCAGCAACAGGCCACCAGCUACCCUGGUGCCAGGCACUGAGAACCCAACUGUUCUGCUGAGCGGUACCGGGGUUCAAGCUUAUGUCCUAUGAAAGUCCACGCGAAGGCACAGUGAAGCCACGCCAAGCGGACACCCUGCUUGAGGUGGAGUGGAGGUGGUUAAGUGUAGCUCACUCACGGCUGAUGCUGUUCAGUCAGUCUGGGGAUAGACUUGAGUCUUUAUUUUCUGUAAAGGUAUAAGCUUCGUGGCUUCGGGAUGGACUUCUUUUCAUGAGGUGGGGGUGGGGCUGGGGUGAUGUUGAAUGUAUAUAUUUAUGGGGAUAAGUUGCCUAGCAGGUUUUAGGUGGGGGAAUAGAAUGUUCACAGAAUGUUCGCUUGGCAAAAAGAGGAAAGAGUGCUGUCUUUUUUUUAGUCUCUGAGACUUAUGACUGAUGACUUAACAAUACGAUACCCAUAGUGCUUAGCAGACAGUUUUACCAAGAUUUUGCUAACUCGUUUGUGGUGAAAUAUUUGUUGUGUGACCCAGUUGCAGGGGGCCAGUUCUAACCUCCCCACUGAGGGAAAAUGGAUACUUAUCUAGAAUAGGCGUUUUGUUCUAGUUCUCUAACUACUGACUUUGAGAACGUGUAUGUCUGAGGUACACGUAAGAAGAAGGUAUAUGUGGGAUGUGGUCCAGUGAGAUUUCAACCCCAACUUAGAGCUAAAUACAUUUACGAUUCCAGAAGCCCUAGUUUUAGGCAGCGUCAUGGAUGCGGUUUCCAGAAUUCCAUUUGUUCUUUGAGUAAAUACAAUAUUUAAGAGGUUUUGUGGUUUGGAUUUAUAUAUUUAUAAGGUUUCAUUUUUAAAGAUGCUCAUUUUGUCUGAACUGUGACACACUGAGUGAGCUGGCGAGCGACCGCAGGAAGAGAUUUCCAGAAGGCUCCGGAGCAGCUCUGUGUUUUGCUAGUUUGUGUGAUGUCUGCAGUGCUGAAGUUGUUUCUGUAUGUGUAAUAUUCUUCUUAAUGCCAGUGUGUUGAUUUGGUUUUGAAAGUUUUAAAUGUAUGACAACAACACAAAACAACACAACUCUCCAUGCUGUUGAAUGGAAAGUGUAAUCCUUUAAUGUAAUCUCUAUGCUAAUGUUUUCUUGUCUAUUAAAUUUUAUUAUUUCUAAAUGAGA